CCCGCCGCCCGCAGCAUGCCCGCGGCGCCACGCCCGCAGCCCCUGGAGGAGCCGCUGCGCCAGGAGGACCUUCUCCUGGCAGCUGCCUAUGUUUCCGAUGCCCAGUACAACAGAAAUGUGCCCUUUGAAACAUCUCCUCAGGCCAUCAGACAUUAUUAUUUGUAUAACCACUGGAUGAUGCGAGUGACCACAUAUGUCUUUAUCUGUGUGAACCUUUCUCUUGCUCUGUUUGAGGAGCCCGCACUGUUUCCACUCCCUUUCUUGGCCACCUCCAUGGUAGAAGUGCUCUGUCUGACUGCAUUCUUCGGGAGACUUUUACACUUUGCCAAGGUCACACCACAAAAGGUAUUCUGGAAGGACACCAAGAACAUCUGCAUCCUGGUCACCAUUGCGUUGACCCUGGUGGACCUGAUUAUCUAUGGAUCCCUGGAAGCCAUCAACAUCCACAGCAUCCGCUGGUCCAGGGCCCUGAGGCCCGUCUUCCUGAUUAACUGUCCCGAGAGUCGCCAGAUUCGCAGAGCUUUCCGAAGCAUCCGGAAGACCCUGCCCGACAUCCUUUAUGUCUUCCUCUUGUUCAUGUUCAGUAUGCUCAUUUUCUCCCUGAUGGCCCUGAAGCUCUUUGGGGACAGGGGCCUUAAGACGGUAGAGGGAUCGCGCUACUUUACCAACAUCCUGGAGAUCGCCUUUGAGCUCUACGUGCUGGUCACCACUGCCAACAGCCCGGAUGUGAUGAUGCCUGCCUAUGAUGCCAAUUGGUGGUACUCUCUGUACUUUAUCACCUACAUCAUCAUCAACACCUACAUCUUCAUGUCUGUCUUUCUGGCUGUGGUCUACAACAACUACAGGAAGCACUUAAAGAAUGAGAUUCGCACACUGGCCUUCCUGAAGCGCCACAAGAUGUUGGAAGCGUUCAGCAUUCUGAAAGUCAGCGUGGGUGCAGAGUUUGUGGUUCCCGAGACCCGCUGGAGGCAGCUGGUCAAGCUUGUGGCACCUGACACCAGCAGCUCCCACCUGGAGCUACUUCUCCAGAUCUGUGAUGAAGACCAGAAGGGAUACGUGGACAAAAUGAACUUUGUCCGUUUGGCUGACCUCCUCAACAUCCAGGUGGUCACCAUCAGCAUCAGGACACACCCGCUGGAAACCUGGAUUCCCCGGGUGUACCAGUCAUCUGCAAGCCUCUGGAUCCAGAAGAUGGUUCGACACAGGAUUUUUGUCUGGGUAUAUGACGUCAUCAUUCUUAUAAAUGCCAUAUUCAUUGCUCUGGAUGAGAAAAAUCCCCUCAUUUCCUAUGCUGAAUGGCUCUUCCUUGCUCUCUAUGUGAUUGAGAUUCUCCUGAAACUCUACACGUACGAACCCAAAGCCUACUUGGGAAGGAAGCAGUUCUGGAAUUGGUUUGACAUGCUGAUCAUCUUCGCUGCGCUGCUGGCCACGGUGGUCAACACCUCCAUUCAGUCAGCCAGAAAAUACAACAGCCAGCAGAUCCUGGACAUCGUCCUGAUACUGAGGGUCCUGCGUCUCCUGAGGGUCAUUGUCAGCAUUCAGAGAUUCCGGGUUAUCGUGACCACCUUGAUUAACAUUGGCCCCACGAUGCUGACUUUUGGGGGACUUGUCUUGAUGGUAUACUAUGUGUUCGCCAUCAUCGGAAUGGAGGUGUUCCAUGGCAAAGUUCGCUUCUUGGGCCCCAACCUCACCACUCCUGGGGCUCUGCUGUGUGGGAACCCGGCACUGAAGGACUCAGAGUUCGCCCGCAAUGGCUACUGUAAGAACAACUUCAAUGACCUCGCCACAGCCCUUGUCACGCUCCUGGAGCUCACAGUGGUCAACCAGUGGCACAUCCUCGCAGACGGCUUUGCCCGUGUGACCCACCAGGCAGCCAGACUCUAUUUCAUCGGCUUCCAUGUCGUGGUCGUCAUCCUGAUUGUCAACAUUUUUAUAGCAUUCAUCUUGGAGGCGUUUUUCGUGGCAUAUUCACUGGAAAAAAGUGAAGUAGAAACUGCUAUAGAAAAGAAGAUCCAAGAGCUAGGAGUGGGAGUCCAAGAGGACGAGGACAACGAUGGGGCCCUCAUUGCCAACAUGGACGUAAAGGACAAUGGCUUCAGUAGGGAUGAUGGAGACAGCCAGAGGAAGGCCUUGAAAGGCUUAUACUUCAGGAUUGCAUCUAAGAAGUACAGAACUGCAGAUGCUUUGCUGCAGCGGAUGUUUGAGUGUGAGAUUGCUCCUGAGGAUGAAGCCCCUGCCUUGGAUGAGCCUGACCGUCUUGGCCGGCGACAACUACCUCCAGAGCCCCCAACUCUGAGCGCUUGA